AUGUCAAUAUGUAACAGUAAUAUUGGGUUACAACUCAAGAACUACAUCUUAGAGAAAGACUUGACUCGAGACAAGUCUCCCGUUUAUGUCAGUGCUAUUUUGAAUGUAGGUUGUAUUAAAUAUGAUCUGUAACAUACGAUGGUUAAUAUUACUUCACGUAAUUUAUACCACAAUUUUUUUAUCUUACCGUGACAUAAACAUAAAAAUACUGUUUAGAUUCCAAUGAGUAAUGGAUAUGACGUCGACUAUUAUCAAGACAUUCACACUGCUCUACUAGACGAAUUCAACGACAAAAUUACAGUAAAAGGCUUGGAAAUGAAUGUAAAAUCUUUAUUCUUCCAGCGACAAAUCUCAUACGAUUGUGCGUUAGCCACAGUAUCAGUACUAGUAGUACUAAUGGGGGUACUUCUCUAUACGACCAACUUCAUAUUGACUAUAGCGACGUUUGUUUGCAUGAUGUUGUCGAUCGGAUUUGCCUUUUUUGUUUACAUUUUUGUUUGUAACAUCAACUUUUUUCCGUUUUUAAAUUUACUGGUGAUUGUGAUCAGUAUUGUCAUUGGGUUUGAUGACUUGUUCUUGUUGGUCAAUCACUACAGACAUUACAAAAGUUUUGUAAGUUUUUAUAUUUAAUAACUAAUAAAACUUACAGUAUGCCAAUGGUGAAGCCAUGAUAAAUGCUUUGGAACAUUGUGGUAAAGGAAUGUUUGUGACAUCAGCAACAACAGCUGCUGCUUUUGUUUGUAAUUUACAAUCCAACAUUCUUAUUCUCAAGUAAGUGACAUACUUUUAAAUUUUGGAGCUUUUACUGAUAAAAAAAUAUAGUCAAACUGCCAAAGUAUAAUCAUUUUUAGAAGAGCAAAGGAGAAUAUUACACUAUCUUAUGACAUUAACUGUUUUUCAGAUGCUUCGGUGUGUUUGCUGGACUAACAAUAAUAGCAAACUACAUCUUCGCAGUAACCGCGCUACCUUCACUUAUAUUACUGACUGACAAAAUCAACUGUAAAAGUCAAAAACUGAUAGCCAGAUGUAUGAUCUUCAACAGAAUCAGAAUCUUCUUUGUGUAUCACAUCCCAAAUGUUAUAUACAAUUACAGAAAAGUGAUAGUGUUCUUGGCAUGGCUUUUGCUUAUUAUUAGUACAUUGAUUACUGUAAAGUAUAUAACAUUACCACAAAACAAUCCAAUGCAGGUAAGUUUGGCACAGUUGAAAGCUUUAUAUUGGAUUAUUAUAUAUUUUAAUGUUUUUUGGUCAAAAAAGUUUAUGGAAUUUGAGACAUCUAUUUGUUUUUACAGUUUUUUUAAUUUGUUAUUUCUUAGUAUCUAUAAAGUUAUGUUUAUUAAUUUUAAAAUUUUUCAGCUGCUACGAUCAGAUCACUUAUUUGAAUGGUUUUCCGAAUAUAACAGUGACUUGUUUGACUACUCGUAUCAAGGUAAUCGCCAAAUGAAUAUCUAUGUCAUAUGGGGAGUUAAGCCAGCUCAGUAAGUAAUUAUUUAAAAUAAUUUUAAUCAUGUAUUUACUUACUAAAAAAGCACAUAUGUACAGGUAUCUUAAAAGGCUCUAUACAAUAAAAAUAUAUAGAUACGGCUAAAACUAUAAUAUUAUGAACUCUAACAUAGUGUAAAAAUUUUAGAAAAGUCCCUCUUCUUGACCCAAGGAAGUUUGGAGAGUUCACGACAGACAAUACUUUUAAAAUUGACAGUUUAAAAGACUUACAACAGUUCAAAGAUACUUUAUUGUACAGUAAAGCAGUGGUCAAUUACAAAUCCGCAACAUACGAUCUACCGUUGUGGAUAGAAGAGUUUACAGAGUUUGUCGAAGAAAAGAAUGGCACUAACUUUGUACUACAAGAUCUACUGGAAGAGUAUGUACAGUAUACUCCUACCUUCAAGUUCCCUGAUGACUACUCUAUGAGUAUCAAAGAUGGUCCCUUAUUUGAUCAUGAUAACAACUUUAUAUCGUACUUCAUCAUAUUACCUACACAUCACAGUCUUUCAUUCUCUUAUAAAGACAUUGCCAGCUUUAUGAUUACUGUAAGAAAGUUAGAAAGUAAAUUAAGAAACAAAGAUGAAUACAGUAAUCCUAUCGUAUCCCCAAUACCGUUUAUUUCAAAGAUGGCCGACUUGAUGAAUGUUAUUAUGGUGAAUACUAUGGUAUCUGUCUUGAUCUCAGUAGUCAUAUGUAUGUUGGUUAUAUUCGCUACAACAAAAGAUGUAAAGCUCGCUGUUAUCAGUAUAUGGACUAUCAUUAUCGUUGUUAUGGGUGUGGUUGCUUUUGUUUUACUACUAGGUAUAUUGUGAUUUAUUUAGAGAUAUUUAAAAACAUUUACUGUAUCGUAACAUAUUAUUUUACUAACUUAAAGUAAUAUAACUUUAAUAGGAUGGACUAUAAACGUAGUAGAAGCAGUUAUUAUUGUGAUUACUAUCGGGCUGUCAUUUGACUACACUUUACACGUGGCUGUAUGUUUCAAAUCGACUCCAAAGUAUCUUUCCAUACCAGAAAGGAUAAGGUAAUCGUUGUAAGAACUUACAAAUCGUAUGUUAAGGAUAGGCGUGACUCAGAAAAGUUUGAACUUAAAGUAAAGUUGCCAAAAGCGCGGGAAAUCAAUCUUUUUACUCUAUUUUUAGACCAAACUCGCGCGUUUAAAAGUGCAGAAAUAGUUGCAGAAUCAUUAGAAAAUACAGUCAUAGACAAGUUGAACUAGCCUAGAAUUUUGGAAAUCUUAUUUUAAAAAAAUAAUAAGAUAACGCAAGAAAAGAGUAUAUUUUUCAAUUAUUAUGACGACCUCGAACUACUUUAAGAUAAAACAAAACAGUUAUAACUACCAUAUACAACAUUUUACUAUAUUGCAGUAGAACCCUUGAGCUCAUCUUCACGCCGAUCUUCCUGUCCGCCCUGACAUCUGCCCUCGCCGGCGUGGUGCUUCUGUUUUCGGGGACACAGCCCUUCUACGAGAUCGGCGUCUUCUUAGGGACAAUGGCGUCGAUCAGCUUCGGGGGCGCCGUUUUUGGGUUUUGCGCGUGUGUUUCGUAUACGAACUAA